AUGGAAGAGCUGCGCACGGAACUCCUAGCCGGUGAAUCGACCCUCUUACACGGCCGGAUGCUCGUCCUGCGAACUAGCCACAUCGACGAUGUUGUCCGUGAGACGCUCGCCAACAUGGCUGGUGUAGAUGGCGAGUUUCUAGACGCCCACGUCCUAGGAAGACCGUAUAGACCAAGGGCAGGCAAUCGUAGACCCCGUUGGUGGACGUGGAAGUAUCCCGAGGUUGCGGCCAGGGGAAACCAGAUACCGCUUUACAGGCCAGGCGACGGACAAGUUUUGACGAUUUCCAGAAUGAGCAUCUGGCUAGGCGGGAAUGUGCCAAUCCUCCUGGUUGGACAUAAUGCCGUUCUGGAGAAGCGCGACAAAAAAACCAAGUUGAAGCAUGAAGAUGCUGUCGUGGCAUCUGGAUACGGAGCAACAGGGUACACAUUCCCCAGCUCGAAUCAACGAACUGAAAUGUCCUCCUUCGAAGAAGACCUCUGGGAGACAUUAAUCUCCCUCACAGGGACACACACCCCCAUCGAAGAAAUCCUAGCAGACAUGAUCCACGACCGCUGGACAGCCUGCCUCUCCGCGAUGCGUCUCGAAAUCCACAACGCCGACCAGGAGCAAAAGUCCCUCUGGCGAGCCAUGGCCGCGCUCGAACAAAACCUCGACGAGGCGAAAUACCUCUCCAGAAAGGGAAGUACGCUGGACGCAGUGUGCCCCUCUGCAUGGGAACAUCUCAUCGCACGGCUAGAAAUGCGAAUCCACCUGCGUCAACCGGCUGUUGACGCGGCCAUGCGCCGCCGGCAGACCUUUGCGCAGACGUCACGCACCGACAACGACAGGAGUCUCGAUCGGAUAGCGUACCUGGGGGGGAUGCUGUUACCUGUGACGGUGGUGGCGAGCGUUCUGGCUAUAGAGGGGGAUUAUGGGCCGGAGGGGGGUAAUUUCUGGGUAUUUUGGGUGUCGAGCUUUGUGGCGAGCGUGCUGGCUGUGCUGGUGAUUUAUGCGGAUCAGUUGAGGACGGUGGAGGUUUGGCUUGAGAUUGGGGAUGUUGAUGAGGAGGAUUUGCGUUUGCCGGAGGAUGGGGGAGGAGGGUGGGAAGACGCGGCGAGAUAUUUGGUGCAGAGGUGGACGGAUGGGGAGGGGGGACGGACGUGGAAGAGAGGGGAGUUGGGUUGGGGGGGUGCGGUGAAGAAGAUGAGUGGGUAUUAUUGGUGGAGGAGGGAUCCGAGAUUGGCGUUUCAGAGACCGGGGGAUGUGGUGAGGACGAAGGGUUUGUAG